AAAUGUCGAUCAGGUCCAAGCAACUAAUAUCAUCGUACAAAUAUCGUGGAGAUGUUGUGGAAACACAUGUUUUCUUUGAGAUGACGUGUGAUUCAUCUCUUGCCACACUACAGGAUAUGGAAUCUACUGAGAACGGAAAACAGAAAAACAAACGCCGUGUACGGCUCAUAUUAACUGCUCGAUAAGCUGUGCGAUUAAGAGAAAGAGGUGAUAUUUUUUCAUGGAACAGAUUUUUGUAACAUCUAAGAAAGCUAGAAAUCGGCUGAUUAAAUAAGCAUAGCAGGUGCUCUACAUUGGUCACUAAAACGACAACCGGGCGACAGAGUACAUAUCUUUCUCUCCCAAGAGUGAUACGUUUUAUACCAGAAACAUUGAUCACAACUUUGUCGCGGGGAAGCGCUGGCGGAUGCACAAUCUCAGUGGUUAGAUGUUCGCGGCUCGGGAAGUCUUCCUGUUUUGUCAGAGCAACUUUACAUUCAGAUUCAUAUUUAGCGGUUUUGCAUUACCUUGAAGAGAACGGUCCUUAUAGGAGUUUCGAGAAUAUAACAAGAAAAAGUGAUUGGAAAAACAAUCGUAAAACGUCGGCGGAGACAAGAAUGGAAAACAACACCACCGCACCACCCCCUCCUAGACAACCUCCUUUACCCCCAGAGUUGGUAUCUCUCGUCCAGACGGUAGAUAUGACUUAUUUGAUAUCGGGGAUUUAUCUCUCGCUUAUUGCUAUUAUGACGAUAUUUGGCAAUGGUCUGCUGCUUCUGGCGAUAAUCACAGACCCGUUCAAGUCGUUCCGGACACCCACCACGCUGUUUGUCGUUGGUCUAGCCGUGGCAGACUUCCUCACCGGCGCUGUUGUGGAUCCAUUGACUGCAUUCCUCAAUAUUGCUACUUACUUGCAGCUCCACCGUGAUCCGGGCAUGACAAAGGUGUUUGACAAUUGCGUGAAGGUUAACAUUUACGUAUCGUUUAUCACGAUGAACGCGUCCUUUUUGAUGCUACUCGCGCUAACGUUUUGUCAGUAUCUGGCGAUUUCGUUUCCACACAAACACCGUGCUUUUGUUACUCGUCUGAGUGCCAUGGUCACGCUGGUUGUGGUAACAAUAUAUUCUGUUCUAUUCUCGCUUCUCCCUGAAUUCAGAGUCCCUCGAAGAUUGAAACUGGAAAUCGACACGCAUUUGAACACGAAUGCGGUGGCGAUUAUUCUGAUUCUAACCUAUCUGCUUCUCUACCUGGCUUAUCGAGUGCAUCUCAAACGGGUCAGCGGAUUGGACCAAAACGAUGCUGCGCGAAAUCGAAGAAGAGAACAGGAACGCGAAUUUACUGCAGUCAAUCUGCUGUUAGUCACGUUUUUUCUCAUCUUUACUCUACCCUCAAUGAUCUUUUGGAAUCUUCGACUGUAUAAGUUUUACGACAUUCAAUCACUAUCCUAUGACCAAAGACUCCGACUUGACCUUGCGAGCACGCUUAUUUUUGAUGUUCUUGUCAUGAAGUUCGCCCUGGACCCUUGCAUUUACGCCUGGAGAUUGUCCAAAUACCGCCAGGCAAUCAAGAAGAUCCUUAAGUGCGGUCGGGAUCCUCGCGUUGACGUGAGCAACUCGACGGAUGCAUCGUCACGAGUUAUUUCAACAUACGCUGAAGGCGGAGAAGGAAUGGGUCGAGGACGUGCUCGGACCAGCUCUACCCUGGUGCCCCUUAAUUCACCCCAGCAACAAUCCUCGGCUCUUGAAGGCUAAUUGUCGGAAAUAUAUCUGCCCGAUUCCCACGAUCGGAGAACUUCGGUAGAAAAACAAGAAACCAAUAAUGUAAGACAAACUAUAUUAAAGUGACAACAACAGCGGCAGCUAUCUGAUUAAAUAGGAGCAAAAGGAACCGAAAAGCUAGUGUAAUAUACCUCAUGAUUAGCUUACAUUACAACAUGUACGUUUUUCUCCCGUUGGCAGCGGCAGCGGCUUCAACCGCGGAAAGACUGGUAAAGACUCUUUGUUGCAACAUCUUCUCAAGGCGAUGACGUUUUGAUUAAAUAAUUUACGAAAAUCGCUAGAUAAGUUCUUAGCUAUUAGCUGAUACAAAAACAAAUUGCUAACAUAAUGUGGCCUUAUAAUGUGGCCUUAAUCAAUUGCCACUGACAAAAAAAUACCGCAAUACUGACGUGCGUACAAGGUACUUUGAACCCAUUUAUAAUAUCUGCCAACGAAGUCAAGGAAGAUCAUUCCAAACGUAGCAAGGUAGUUUAAUUAAAUUUGCAUCUAAAACGCUCAUUUACUGAUCAAUUCAAGUAAAUUUCGCCACCAAUUCGCCAAUUUACAAAAUUUUAACAAAAUGGUCACGUGGCAUGUUACAUCAUCAGAAAGAUUUAACUUAAUAAAUAAGGCGAGAGAGAACACCGAGUUUUAUAACCAGGGACAAUUUCGGCUUGGUUAAAUGAAUACAGAAAAUAUUUAACUCUUAUUAACCGAGCUGGAGGUCUGUAUGGGAGAAUCUUGACCGAGGUCGUGAGUACCGACCGAACGCA